CUCCCGUUGUGUGCAGCCAGAUCCCCCUCCUCCUUUUGUCCUCCUGUCUUUGUAUGAUGACCAGCAGCAGCGGAAGCAAUGUAUUCACAUGCAACAAUGAUAAUAAUAAUACUAGUAAUACACUUUAUUAACAUAGAACAUUUCAAGUGCUGAAAAUGAAGAACUGAAGGCAAUGAAUAUGAGUUGAAAGCAGUUUGAGGAUUACAUUGCAUUCAGUUAGCAGACGCCCAAAUACAUAUUACCCAAAAGUGCAAGAAUCAACAUUUUGAUUAUAUUUCCUCCUGUUUUAAUGAUUCAAGGAGUAAGGUGCAGUCUGAACAGGUGAGUUUUCAGUCUGCGACAGGAAGAAGGUUGCCCACCCCUCGCAGUGGACGCGCUGGGGUGUAAGCAUUUUGACCACGUCCUGGAUGUAGUAAGGGCCUGAGCCAUUCCUACACCUCAGCACGGUGGGCGAGUGCCAGCGCCUUGAAUCGGAUUCGAGCCAUGCACCGCCGGGAGCCAGUGCAGGGGAGCGGUGUAGUGUGGGAGAACCUGGGUGUAGUUGAAGACCAGCUGGGCCGCUGCAUUCUGGAUGAGCCGCAGAGGUCAUCCGGAAUGACCUCUGCGGCUCACACCACACUAGACCACAUUGAGGUCAGAAAAUAUGAGAGAAAAAACAUUACAGAUGAGAGAAGAGUCAAAUAAAACACUAUAAAGUGAUUCAAAUAGUCAGUAAGAUCAGAGGCAUUGACCACGACCCAAUGAAGAGAAGUUACAAUUGAAGUAGUGUAGUGUGUGUGCGCCCUCAAGAAAAGAAGUCUGGCCUGCUUGUGUUUUUGAGAAGCUGUCAUCAUGACCUCGGUUGACUCAGUCAUGUGAAGGGAGAGUUACAGUAAUCCAAACGAGAGAAAAUGAAAACAGUGAAUAACAGCGGUGGAAGGAGAGAUCAGAUUCUCUACUUAAUUCACGCUUUUGAACAUUUUACUCGAGCAAGCGUUCUCGUGCUGCACUGUGCCUGCGGUUUGAGUUGUGUUCGAGUUGUACAGGCCCCCACAAACCCCCCUCACCCACUUGUCCCCCCAAAUCCACAAAGUGAAAAAUGUGUCAGUUGGUUUGAGGUAAUAGCCAUAAAGUGAAGGCUAAAUAUGAACAAAUGAUAAAAGAAUGAACGCUAGAAUUUGACACAUGGGGCCCUUCUACAGGAUCGUAAGUUAAAGAAGACAUCUCUGUUUCUAUCGUACUUGAGUGGUGCACGUUAAUCCAAUUUAACACAAACAAUUUCUAAACAUACUCAGUUAGUAUUCCAGCCUUGGAGUUUAUUCUUGCAUGUUUUAAAUUCCUGGGUAAAUUGGGUUAAGUUGGGUCCAGUAGUCGAGAAGGCAAAGGGACAAAGUCAAAGGUAUGGAAGGGUUGACCCUGGAACAUCCAAAGAAGCUUUUUUCUGUCUUUCUGGGGAAAAGCUGGACACAAGAGGUCAAGUGGAGCCAGUUCCCUCCAAUGGUGCUUUAAAAAAAAAAAUCUGAUUCAUUCUUUAUAAAAAAUUCUACCGUAUUUGUGCUCAAAAAGUGUCAGCUAAAUUACAGCUAAAUGUCACUUUCAUUCUUGGCUUUUGGGAACACAUACACUGCAUGUGAGAAAAAAAAAGAGAAAAGAAAAAAAAAAAAAUAAUUAGCUGAGGAAGGAAGUCAUCCAUGUGCCAGAGACAAUCGUUUGGACAUGCGAUGACAAGUUCCUCUUGAAGUCGGAUUUUCUUUUUGUCAAAGGUCAUUUUUGUUGUUUUCCAGUUUAAAAAUUCUAUUCAGAUACUGAGAUGAUCUCAGUAUGACAGAUGUGAAACUAUAGAUGGAUUAUGAGAUGAUAGACCCUCCACCAACUUCUGGUGGACCAGUCAUUGGUAGAGUUUUGUGGUUUCUUUCAGCAGAUGUGAAGGACCCAUGUUUUGAACAAUGUCAUUUUACAGAAUGUUCACAGAGUCAACGCUGAACCUGUAAAGCUGUUUCACUGGAGUGAAACAUCCUUCAAACAUGAAACGAUAAAUAUGACACAAUGAAGGAAUGAAUGAAUGAGAUUUCUUUCUAUCUUGUGAAUGUUUUAGGUUUCUUGUAAGUUUGUGAGACAUUAGAAAAACUCAAAGGGCAACAUCCAAACUACAACAGACCAGGUCUAGGUCAAAAUCCACUUUACUUUAUUUGAUUUACAUCCACAAGGUGGAGACAAAAAUGGCUUCAAAUACAUGAUAAUGUUGCAUUAUAUCAAAAGGAUGUGUAAAUGGGCACCUGUUUACCAUUUUAACCUCAAAAGGCGAUAAUAUAUGUGAUAUUAUGAAUUCAGAACCUCCUCAACUACCUAUAGAAGUCUGUUAUUACUUAUUGAACACCUUUAAACCGGCUCUGACAAGGAGCAGCUCGACUCUUUGGGCCCUUGAACUAUAGUGCCUGCGUUCAGUGCUGUCAUCGCGAGGAGACCGUGAAGGCAUCACGGACCCAGCUCCCCACCGACAGGGGGCGACAACGGGCAGGCGGCCGCGUCGCCGCCAGCCGCCGAGGAAGCGUGACAUGUACGGCGGUUGGCUGUCAUGUGUCAGGCUGGGCAGUUCGGCGGGCGGUCAGCUGACAGGAUCCCGGGUUCGCCUCCUGAGAUGUUUACUUUUCUUUGUUUCGUGCGUUUACCUGCCGCGUUUCCCUCCGAAUGAAUGAAUGCAGCGCUAUGCUGCGCCGCGCAGAACCAUGGUAGUCGUCAACUCGGUGCUCAAGCUCGUCCAGCGGCAGACGUACACCUGUCUGUCCCACCGCUACGGGCUCUACCUCUGCUUCGGGGGGAUCGUCCUCAUGAUAGUUUCCGCCUUCCAGUUCGGAGAGGUCUUGGUUGAGUGGAGUCGGGACCAGUAUCAUGUGCUGUUUGACUCCUACAGGGACAACGUGGGUGGAAAAUCAUUCCAGAGCAGGCUCUGUCUGCCCAUGCCUAUCGAUGUGGUGUACACAUGGGUGAACGGCACCGACGUAGCCCUGCUGAAGGAGUUGAAGACGGUCAAAGAGCAACUGGAGGAGGAACAAAGGGCUCUGAGGGAACGGCUGGGGAAAAAUGCAAGUGGGACGACUGAGGUGCCCAAAGACAGUGUAAAGCCAGAAUGCCUUCUGUCCCACUGCAUCAUCGCGCCCAUGCUGGCCCUGGACCCCGCUCUGCCGGCCAACGUCACCCUCAAAGAGCUGCAGUCACUCUCGCCCGCCUUCUCCGCUGCCAAGGAGCUGCUGCCGAUGACCAAAACCUUCCACCCGUCCACCACCGUCUCCGUGGUCGUCUUCCACUCGCAGGCCGACGCUGAUAAAGCCUAUACAGAUGUGUCCAGGGAAGACCAGAAGUUCUCUGUUUCCAUAUGUUACCUGACGACGGACAAAGAGGCUCCGGGCCUGAUCCGCAUGCAGGCUCUGGCCUACCUGAGCGGCUUCCCAGCAACCUACAAGGAGACGGAGCAGCUGAGAGUCAAACUCCCGUCUGUCAUAACCAACAAGAUCAAACAGUUUGAGUUGUACUCUGAGGCAAGCAUCGCCCUGCUCCACCUGAAAACCCCGCAGGACUUCUCUGACCUGACGCAGCAGGCCAAAAAGAACCUGACUCUGGAUGGGAAAGAGUUAACCAUCAGCCCCGGCUACUUGUUCUGGGACCUCACCGCCAUCUCACAGUCCAAGCAGGACGAAGAUGUUUCCGCCAGCCGAUUCGAGGACAACGAGGAGCUCCGCUAUUCGCUGCGCUCGGUGGAGCGACACGCCCCCUGGGUGCGGCACAUCUUCAUCGUCACCAACGGGCAGAUCCCCUCCUGGCUCAACCUGGACAACCCCAGAAUAUCCGUUGUCACACAUCAGGAUAUCUUCCGGAACCACAGCCACCUUCCCACCUUCAGCUCCCCGGCCAUAGAGACCCACAUCCACCGCAUCCCGGGCCUCUCCCAGAAGUUCAUCUACCUCAACGACGACGUGAUGUUCGGCAAGGAAGUGUGGCCGGACGACUUCUACAGCCACUCGAAAGGACAGAAGGUGUAUCUCACCUGGCCUGUUCCCAACUGUGCUGAGGGCUGCCCAGGAUCCUGGAUCAAAGAUGGCUACUGUGACAAAGCUUGCAACAACUCCGCGUGUGACUGGGACGGAGGAGACUGCUCGGGUGCAACAGGGAACAGCCGGUUCGCCGCAGGGGUCGGCGUCGGCGGGCCUGGCGGAGCAGGCGGACAGGUGUGGCAGUUUGCAGGUGGUGUCGGAGGUCUCGGGGGGACGUCCUACUGCAAUCAGGGCUGUGCCAACUCCUGGCUGGCAGACAAGUUCUGCGACCAAGCCUGUAACAUCCUGUCGUGUGGCUUUGAUGUGGGCGACUGUGGUCAAGAGCACUUUGGCGAGCUGCACGGCGUGGCACUGCUGAGGAACCAGAGUCUCUACGUCCUCCCCGUGGGGGAAGUCAGGCCAUACUUCAGCUUCAGCGCACUGGGCCACAGAAUCUCCGAGGCGCACGUCAGCGACAACCCGGCGGUUCGCCACACGUCCGUCGCCAACAAGUGGAAGACCAUCCACUUGCUCCUCUAUCCCGGCCACAACGCCACCCAGAUCCACUACAACCUCACCUUCCAAAGAGAAGACAACACGGAGUUCCUGGUGAGCUUCGCCGUUGCCGUCGACACCCGCGAGGUUCCCCAGGCGAACGUGUCCAAGACCACAAGCAAAGACGCCGGCAUGGAGCCAAAGCCGACCCCUACUCCCGAGCCGGUUUUCCCUUUCUCUGACAUUCCUGAGCACAAACAGGGGCCUAAGAUCCACAGGAGUCAGCCUGGUGAACCUCAGGUUGUCGUAGAGGUCCCGUUGCUGAACGUGUCACUUUUACCUGCUGUUGUACGCGCUGAGCUGCAGAAGCUCGAAGAGAAGCUUCUGACUGGCGACAUUACUCUGAAGGGUUAUAACCUCACAAAGGCUGAACUUCUUAAACCGUACAAGACUCUGGCUCAGGAGCAGCAGGUCGACCGUUUACAGGCAGCUGAUGAGAGUGCAGCCGAGGUCCGGGGGAAGCCCUUCAAAGACUUGGAGGGAGAGCAGCUGGAUUUAAAACCGAAAUCCGGAAGUAUCGUUCAGAAAAAUCACAACUCGAAGGAGGAACCUUCCAGGAAAGACGCGGCGGCUGCACGAGACCCGGCGCUCACUCCUCUUGUCCCGGUCCGUAUCGACGACGAGGACAAGAAAGAGUUUGAAACACCCACACCUCCUCUCGACGCCGCCAUCAAAAAGCCAAUGACUUCGAAGCUGCUGAGCAGCAUUUCAAAAAUCCGACGCGCUGAGAGUAAGAACGAGCCGGCCGACGCUGCGCCGGGAGCUCCAGUCGGGAGAAGACUCCAACACUUCACUUCCUCAGACCGAGGCUUUCUGCCGUGGGAGCGGAGGAAGUACUUUCAGGAACUACUCGAGGAAGAAGAGCGUCUCCAGAGAGAGCUCAUGUACGAGACUGAUGGCGGUGCCACCGCCCGCAGGCUGUGGGACACUUUUGCAGACUCCCUCCGCUACGUCAACAAACUGCUCAACGGCCAGUUUGGCUUCACAUCGCGCAAAGUGCCUGCGCACAUGCCUCACAUGAUCGACCGGCUCAUCAUGCAGGAGCUGCAGGACACGUUCCCAGAAGAGUUCGACAAGACGUCGUGCCACCGCGUGCGUCACUCGGAGGACAUGCAGUUCGCCUUCUCGUACUUCUACUUCCUGAUGAGCGCCCAGCAGCAGCUCAACGUCUCCGAGGUGUUUGACGAGAUCGACACAGAUCACUCAGGCGUCCUGUCCGACCGAGAGAUCCGAACUCUGGCCACGAGGAUCCACGACCUGCCCCUCAGCCUCCAGGAUCUGACUGGCCUGGAGCAGAUGUUGAUCAACUGCUCCAAGACCCUCCCGACGAACUUGACCCAGCUCCACCUGGUGAACCCCACUCAGGAGACCUACUAUGACCCCAGCAUGCCCCCCGUCACAAAAGGCCUUGUCCUCCACUGCAAGCCGAUCACAGAACGCAUCAACAAAGCCUUCAGAGAACAGAAUAAGUACAAGUUCGAGAUCAUGGGCGAGGAGGAGAUUGCUUUCAAGAUGGUGCGCACCAACGUGUCGCACGUGGUCGGCCAGUUGGACGACAUCCGGAAGAAUCCGAGGAAGUUCAUCUGUCUGAACGAUAACAUUGACCACAACCAUAAGGACGCAGCCACGGUGAAAGCUGUGCUCCGAGACUUCUACGAGUCCAUGUUCCCCCUGCCGUCCCAGUUCGAGCUGCCCAGGGAAUAUCGCAACAGGUUCCUGCACAUGGACGAGCUCCAGGAGUGGCGAGUGUAUCGGGACAAGCUGAAGUUCUGGACGCACUGUGUCCUCGUGACGCUCGUCAUCUUCACAGUCAUGUCCUUCUUUGCCGAACAGCUUAUUCUGCUCAAGCGAAAGCUGUUCCCCAGACGCAGGGUGAACAGGGACAGCAACCCUGAGCGGGUGUGACGGGGGGGAGAAGACGUCCCUCUCCUCUCCUCUCCUAUCUGCACUUUGACCUCCGGCCUCUCUUCUCUUGCCCCGAGGAGAGGAUCCAGGUUGAAAGGGGCAACGGGAAAUCUUAAGUCGUCAGCACUUUUGUUUCAUCAGCACAGACGGACGACAGAGACUCACAUGAGAAUGGCGAUUUUUAAAAAAAACGAACUAAAACAUUUUUCAGAAGAUGAUGGACGGGGCUGGCCAAUGACGGAAAUAACAGCCAGAAGGGAGAGAGCCUGUGCAUCUUCAUUUCCUCCACCAGGGGCAUCAGAGACUUUUAUACAACACACACACACAUACAGUAACAAACAUAAAACACUCCUCAUGUCUCGCCUCGAGUCCCGUCCUCUCUGUGCCAUUUAGUGAUGUGGUGUUAAAGUGCGAAACACUUGAUAGCAGCAGGUAUGGACUGUGUGUGUGUGUGUGCACGUGCAUGCGUGUGUGUGUCUGUGUGUGUGCGCACAGUGAGCACGUUUCACCAUAAAUUCACAAACUGUUUUUGGAGCUGAAACAAAGUCAGUUUAUUCUUUGACUCUUUUUUCUACGUAAAAAUGCCAAACAUGCCAAAAUGCUGGUUCUUCUUCUUAAAGGUUUCUGUUUUUCUGCUUUUCUCCCCGUCAUGUCGUCGUUGUUUGAAUAACUUCAUGGUACGGACAGCUUUCUCAAACUAAAACAAGACAUAAUUGAUUUGUUCCAUUUUAAAGAGAAGGAGCUAAAGGUAUAUAUAUAUGUGUAUAUAUAUAUAUAUAUGUGUAUAUAUAUAUAUAUAUAUAUAUAUAUAAAUAAUUCAUUUAAAUGUUUUUUGUCAGUUGUCUUUAAAUAAGACAUCAAAACUUGAAGUGCCUUCUUUGUUUCAUUCCUGCUUGUUUUUGUUUUUUGUUUUUUCCUGUUUUUUAAUAAUGUCUUAUUAUAAAUGUUGACACAUGCACAUCACACCCUGACCUGGUGAUUUACAACGAGAACGAACGGGAUAUAGAAAUAAUAUAGUUCUAAUUCUUACUGUGGUACAAAAUGCAUCUGAUUGUACGUGAUGCUACAACUGUCAUGGCCGCCUGUGUGUGUGUCCCCAUGGGACUCGACAGGAUCGCCGCUGUCUGAAAUUCAGACCCGCCCUCAACAUGUUGUGUAACUUAUUUCGACUGUAUUAAUGUGACUGGUGCAUCUGACCUGAGAAACGACGCUUCAUGAAAUGCUCCUCACCGGAUCCAAAUCUUUUCCUCCACACGUCAGUUUUUACAAACUUUGUUUAUGAUGGAAGUGACUCCCAGAUGCUGUCAGUCAUUCAGUCAGAGUACGCUCGGUGAGAUGUCACCAGGGCGAAGGCGAUGGGUCAUGUAUUUGGAAAUGGGGAUUUCCUCCGAUUGCAUCAGUUCAUUGGUUCCUCAGACUGAAAUAAAUGUGGUUGGGUUCAGUCA